AUGCAAAACAGUUGUUACAAAGACGCGCCGAACGAAGAGAUCGAUUACCGGAUUUUCUCGCCGAACGAGUCUUCGUUGCUACUAUCUUUACUUGAAGCAGACAAAGAUAUUGAUGUGACUAAGAAACCAAACAAGACAAGCUCUAAAAAGAAGAUUAACAACUAUAAUACGAUCGAACCUAUAGAACAAAACAAUAAGAAAAAAUAUACAGAAGAAGAUAAGAGAAGAGACAUCUCAGAAAUAAAUCGACAAUUCACAAACGCGCUCAAAGGACUCAACAUCUUAGUGAACAACGCUUACCACAACUGGAGAAAGGCUGUGGAAUGCAACGAGCCCGGGACAGAAGCUGCACGGGAGUGGGAGUUACUCAGUGAACAAUACAAAGCAGCAAAAAUCGAAGCCGCAGAUGAGAUCUUUCGGUUGGUGCAAAAUCUUUUUGCGAGGAUAUACGAUUUCGACGGAGUGGAUUUGCAUGGACAAGGAAUUAAAAGUGGGUGUUUCGAACACAUUGUGUUGCAACAAAUUGAAGAAGCCGAGGACGUCAAUAAGACUAGUAUCGUGUUCGAUGUUGGCGACGAAAAUGACGGAGAUUGGCAUUUCUUGGCAAUCACAACGUUGAGAGACAUACUUCAAAAACAAAACUUGGACUACUCAGAAGACAACAAAGGACAUUUUGUGACUGUUUUUCUGGAAGAAUAUCAAAACAACGUUGAAAGUUGGGAAUAA